AUGCAAACGUCGCAGAACAAACAUAACGGAAAGCAAAUGGAUAUUAAACGGGAAGAGGGCUUGAAAAGGCGCAUUGGAGAAGAUAAUAUCGGCUACAAGUUAAUGCUGAAAAUGGGCUUCAAGGGAGAUGGUGGAAUAGGCAAAAAAGCGGAAGGGCGUUCCGAACCGAUACCCAUUGAAAUAAUCGAUGGGCGCAAAGGUCUUGGUUUGCACAAUAUUGAAAAGAAACGGAGUGAAGCCAUCGCUGCGGCUAGGGAACAGCAGGACAUGAAAAUGUCUGCUUUUCAGUCUGACUUUCGUGCAUCAAUGGCUUCAAGAUUUCGAAUGGAGCGUGCUCAGCGCCAAUUAAUGGCUGCACGGUCUAUUUGCCAGCAGCUUGACAUGGCACAGUCUCGGGAUCAGCCAGUUGACAAGGAGUUUUGGCCUCCUGAUGAAAAAAAGGCGAAGCUGCUGGCUCAUUCGGAGCUGAUUCGUCGGGAGAUUUGUCGUUCGAGUCCUCAUGGUAGUCGCAAAAAGAGACGAAGGCGGCAGAAUGAUGCAGGUAACACGAGGGAUUUAGAUGAACGCCGCGAUGAAUGCGACACUGUUCUGGGGAUUGAGUCUGAUGAGGAAGCGUAUUGCGACAUUGAUGCAGCGCAACAUGGGCCUAUAGAGUCCAAGCCCGACUUGAUUUUAUCUCGUCUUGCUACCUACCUGAGGGAGUCGCACUUCUACUGCUUCUGGUGUGGUGAACAAUACUCGAACAGUUCCAACCUAGAGGCCAAAUGUCCUGGGCCUACAGAAGAAGACCAUGGAUAA